CCAGGAAUGAUUCAAGUUGCCCGGACACUGUUCUACUGGUGAAGGAUGUGUUAGAUACUACGUUGUUUUUGACCGUUCCACAAACCGCUACAGAGAAACAGGGAGUACACAUCAGCUAUGCCAGGAAAACGCCCAACGUCGAGAGUAUGGGUUGUCGUUGCUGUCUUUUUCUUCCUAGCGACUCUCUCAUUGGCAGGCUACAUUCUGUUGAAAGAGUUUUGGUUCAAGAAGAGCACAGAACAGCGGAUCCUGGAGCGAUAUCCAAAUAUGUUUCUGACGAGGGAACAGAUGCUGCAGCUCGUCAAUUACACAAACCAGUAUAAACCUGUAUACAGUUAUGUCCGGGAGUCUAAAACCUGUAACCUGAACUGUUUAGAAGGCGAUCCACCAAGGUUUGGAAAACAAAGCUCACGCUUUAUCUGGCAUCAUGCAUGCUGUCAAACACAGAUAUUCUACCGUGCCGAAGACAACAUGACUAAUGUAUACGGUCAUGUGAAGAGGAUAGCCCAGUUUAAGAAUCGGAAACAGUACUUCAAGACGGAGCAGUGCAGUUACGUUGUCAACUUCGGAUAUGGUGUGUGCUCCCAAAACAUGGAAUACGUGACGGCAGUAACCGUAGAUGGAGACGACGACGACAUGGCGGCUAUGUCUGGUGAAGACCACGUUCACUACGAUGAAGACAGAUAUCAAAUUGAAUGGGUCAAGGUCAACGGAAGUUGUAAAUGCCUGAACAGAAGUCAUCUUCAAAAUGCCAAUAACUAAUUUACAUAAUUAUAUAAAUACAUGGGUAAUUAAUUAUUUCUUUAAAUGAAUAACUCUUUUUGAAACUAUCAUUAUCUAUUAAACAUGCACUCGCCACUCGUGAAACGGUGUCACUACUGAUUCUUACUGUUUGUUUGUUGUUGAACGCCGCACUCCAGCUAUAUGACUGCGGUUUUUAAUAGUCUAGUCUGGACAAGACGAUCCAGUGAUUGGCAUCAUGAACAUAGAUCCACGCAUUAGGGAUACUAUGAUGUGCGUCAACCGUAUCAGCGAGCCCGACCACCCGAUCCCGUUAAUCGCCUCUUACGACAAGCACAGUCGCUUUUUACGGUACACAUGGGUUGCUGAAGACCUAUAUCACCAAGUGGUGAUUUUCACUGAUCUGUGUCGACAGAUAAUCGAGGCUGGGUAUUCUCAGCCGUUGACGUUUUAUGUUUUUAUGUCUUUAGGUUAAUAUCCAUAACAAAACAUACGAUAUUAUUAUAAUAUUGGCUUGUAUGGUGUCAGUGAUGGAAACGAUGAUUAUGAAGUUAUGAAGUAUUUGUUGUUGUUAGCUUUAUUUAUUAUAUACAGAUGUAAGUAACUUGGAAUGGCUCAUUUAAAUAUAUUCGAAUAUAUUUGUAUUACGCUGCAAAUUACUGACGUACAUCGUCACCCAUUGCAUCCAAACUAAAAACUGUUCUUGGUGUCAAUAUUUACUUUUACCGACAUGGGUACAAUGUGUGAAGCCUAUUUCUGGUGUUCCCCGCCGUGAUAUUGCUGGAAUAUUGCUAAAAAUGGCGUAAAACCAUACUCACUCAUUCACUUAUUACAUGGAAACAAUAUCCCCUGAUACGCCUGGCCUCGUGGUAUUGUACAUGGUUGUAACAACAUAGAAUCAUGAUGUAAUAAAAAGACUGAAAAGGAAA